AUUUAGUACUUCUGUCGCGCUAAAAUAGUCUUGUUCGGCACACACGACUGAUUAGUAAGGUUUUUAUGGUUGAACCGUAUUAUUAUUUUAUUUUUUAAAUACAUUUUUUGUUAAGUAUAUUGUAAACAUGUUGGUGCAACAGUUGCGUAAAGUGUUGACAAACAAUACCAUUUACAGACAGCAAGCAAUUAAGCUCACUGCCUGCUACGCCACCCAUGUUAAGAGAACGAAGAUCUUCGAAAAUGCCGCGGCCGCCGUUGCGGAUAUACCAGAUGGUUCCAAAAUCUUAUUCGGUGGAUUUGGUGUAUGUGGUAUACCUGAAAAAUUAAUUGAUGCCCUGCGGGAUAAGGGUGUUAAGAAUAUAACUGGCGUUUCAAAUAACGGAGGUGUCGAAGAUUGGGGUAUCGGCAUACUUAUUCAAAACAAGCAAAUCAGUAAAAUGAUCGCUUCGUAUGUGGGUGAAAAUAAAGAGCUAGUACGGCAAUAUCUCGCUGGUGAUUUGGCCAUUGAAUUGACGCCACAGGGCACAAUUGCUGAGAAAAUCAGAGCUGGUGGUGCAGGAAUUCCGGCAUUCUUCACGCCCACCGGUUAUGGCACGCUCGUACAAAAGGGUGGCGCACCCAUUAAAUAUGGCAAAGAUGGCAAGGUGGCGGUGGCCAGUAAACCAAAACCGGUGCAGACAUUCAAUGGCAAAGACUACGUGAUGGAAGAAUCCAUUUUCGGUGAUUACGCGAUUAUAAAGGCGCACAAAGCGGAUCCAUUUGGCAAUUUAGUUUUCAACAAGUCCGCACGCAAUUUCAACGCGCCAAUGAGUCGCGCGGCUAAAGUCACCAUUGUUGAGGUGGAAGACAUUGUACCAGUUGGCGCCUUAAAUCCCGCUGAGGUGCAUAUACCCGGCAUCUAUGUGGAUCGCAUAAUUAAGGGUCACAACUAUAACAAACGUGUGGAACGUCUGCGUUUGCGUGAUAGUGGCGACACGGCAAAAUCCAGUCCAGGACAGGAGUUACGUGAACGCAUUGCCAAGCGUGUGGCUUUGGAAUUCCGCGAUGGCAUGUACGUCAAUUUGGGCAUUGGCAUGCCAGUGUUGUCCUCCAAUUAUAUACCGAAAGGCAUGAAUGUGUUGUUGCAAUCCGAAAAUGGUAUCUUAGGUUUGGGACCAUUCCCAACCAAGGAACAAGUUGAUCCCGAUCUAAUUAAUGCGGGCAAGGAGAGUGUCACCGUUGUGCCUGGUGCUUCAUAUUUUGGUUCCGAUGACAGUUUUGCCAUGAUACGUGGGGGACAUGUCGAUAUAACCAUACUCGGUGCGAUGGAAGUGUCCGCAACUGGUGACUUGGCCAAUUGGAUGAUACCCGGUAAACUUGUGAAGGGUAUGGGUGGCGCUAUGGAUUUGGUAGCAGCUCCUGGCACCAAAGUCAUUAUUACAAUGGAACAUAAUGCCAAGGAUGGUUCACCCAAAAUUUUGGACAGAUGCACAUUGCCUUUAACGGGUCAAGGCAUAGUAGAUUUGAUUAUUUCGGAGAAGGCUGUCUUCUCUGUGGAAAAAGGCGUCGGUUUGACUUUAAUUGAAAUUGCCGAGGGUUUAUCAGUGGAAGAUCUGAGAUCUUGCACCGGUGCGCAAUUCGAAGUUUCGCCCGAUCUUAAGAAGAUGGCUCAAAUCGAUGAAAACUAAAUAUUAUGUUGUGUGCCUUACUUGCUUAAUUACUGUCGUGUAUUUGUAAAAGAACUGCGUAAUUUUGUAAGAGUUCGUGUUAAGUGUUAGAAAAAGUCAAACUUCAUAGUGAUACGUCUGCAUUUAUAUUACUAAGUAAAUUGUAUUUGGUAUUUUACACGAUGUUGAAUAAAAAGUAAAUAUAUUUUUUUACCACCA